AUUGUCAGCUGGUCAAGUAUAAAUAAAUAACUACUGUGAAGAAAAUAAUUGGGAAACUUGGCUGUCAUUCAAUUGGCUAAUACGUUGUUUUUAUUAGUACUUCGUAUAUUUGUUCAGAGUUGCUCAUAGUUUGCGUGUUUAUCCUUGUAAACUGCAGUGGAAUAGUGGAAGUGGAAAGAGAUUGACGUAUUGCCUUCUGGAAUUUGGUCAGAGCCCAUAGGUUAAAGUCUUGUUGACUCCUCUUUAUUCUUCCUGAUUGUUGCGUUACGUGUGUCCAAAUAGUAUAUAUUUUUUGUAGCAAACUAAAAUAGGCAUUUGAUUAAUUAAAGACAGGUGAUCUUAUUCUUUUCACUGUAGUAAUAUUUUAAAUAUUUGCAAUGUUUCGUUCAUCGUUAUUAUACGUCAUCCGUCAACAAGUUAAAGUAGAGCAGUAUUUCAGAUUCCAACAAAUAACCAGGAAUCUUGCAACACCAUCUCUUGCUACUAAACAAACUCAGGAAAAAGUCAAAGAAAAGGAAAAAGCAACCGGAGCAAAAGAAUCUCAAUCUUUUGUAAUGAACUUGUUCAGGGGAACAUUACAAGCCUCUCAGGUUUUUCCGUAUCCUGAUGUUUUAACAGAUGAACAAAAUGAUACGCUCAAGAUGCUGGUUGAUCCUGUGACAAAGUUUUUUGAGGAACAAAACGAUCCAGCUAAAAAUGAUGCCAUGGAAACUGUGGAUCCAGCAACACUGGAAGGAUUGUGGGAGUUGGGAGCUUUUGCAUUGCAAGUACCAACUGACUUAGGAGGACUCGGACUGAGUAACACACAGUACGCCAGACUGGUGGAGAUUGUUGGAGCUAACGACCUGGGUGUUGGUAUCACCCUAGGGGCUCACCAAUCUAUAGGAUUUAAGGGAAUAUUACUGUUUGGUACUCCAGAACAAAAAAGCAAGUAUUUGCCAAGAGUUUCAACAGGAAAAGAGUUUGCAGCUUUUUGUUUGACAGAACCUUCGUCAGGAAGCGAUGCAGGCUCCAUCAGGACAAGAGCAGUUUUGUCUCCUGAUGGGAAACAUUUUAUCCUGAAUGGAAGUAAAAUCUGGAUUAGUAAUGGAGGGCUUGCAGAGAUAAUGACAGUCUUUGCACAAACAUCCGUGAAAGAUGAGAAAACAGGGAAAGAGGUUGAUAAAGUAACAGCAUUUAUCGUUGAGCGCAGUUUUGGUGGAGUCACAAAUGGUCCACCAGAAAAAAAGAUGGGAAUUAAAGCUUCUAAUACAGCUGAAGUAUACUAUGAAGAUGUUAAAGUUCCGGUUGAAAAUGUUCUGGGAGGAGUUGGCCAAGGUUUUAAGGUUGCUAUGAAUAUACUUAACAAUGGAAGAUUUGGAAUGGCUGCUGCAUUGGCAGGCACAAUGAAGGCGGUCACCAAGAAGGCAGUAGAUCAUGCUACGAAUCGAGUACAAUUCGGUCGCCGCAUAGACUCUUUUGGUGCUAUCCAAGAGAAGUUGGCUCGCAUGGCAAUGUUGCAUUAUGUCACAGAGAGUGUGGCUUAUAUGCUUAGUGGCAACAUGGACUCAGGAUCUAUUGACUACCAUCUCGAGGCAGCAAUAUCAAAGGUGUUUGCAUCAGAAGCAGCAUGGCAUGUCACAGAUGAGGCAAUUCAAAUACUUGGAGGUAUGGGUUUUAUGAAGGAUUGUGGCCUUGAACGUGUCAUGAGGGAUCUCAGAAUAUUCAGGAUAUUUGAAGGAACUAAUGACAUUCUGCGGCUUUUUGUUGCUCUUACAGGUAUCCAAUAUGCUGGAAGCCACUUGCGUGAGCUGCAGAUCGCUUUCAAGCAUCCAGCCACUCACCUAACCUUGAUUCUGGAGGAGGUCACUAAGAGAGGCUUGCGCUCUGUGGGUCUGGGCUCUGUGCCUGCCAUCGAGCACUAUGUUGAUCCUCAGCUCAAGCCACAAGCCAACAUGAUUGCCAAGAAUAUUCUUAUGUUUGGAGAAUCAGUUGAAACAUUAUUAAUGAAACAUGGCCGGCGCAUCGUAGACGAACAGUUUCUACUAAACCGACUGGCAAGUGCUGCUAUUGAUAUUUACACAAUGGCAGUUGUCCUAUCUCGAGCUACCAAGUCUCUCACUCAAGGAUUGUCAUCCAGUCAACACGAACUGCUUAUGACUCAAGUCUGGUGUACCGAGGCAUCUCAGAGGAUUUCUCAGAAUCUUGGUGCUCUGACCUCAUCUGUGCACAAAGACAACUUUACGAAGCUAGCUGCCAUAGCAAAGAACAUCAGUGAAAAUGGAGGAUUCCUUCAGAAAAAUCCUCUUGGAUAUUAAAUAUUAAGAUGCGAAAAUGUCUUGUUCUAAAAUUUGCUAUUGGAGCAUUGUUCAAAUCAUCCAAGCAGCACAACCAAUCAUAAUUUGUUAUGGUUUACAUUUUAAAACAUAACCGCUGGUGCCGAUCCUGUGUAAAUAAUAUUGUCAUGAUUAAAACAUUUUAUCUCAUAUACUAUGUAUAGCAGACAUUUACCUCAUUAAGAUAUUGUAUAUUUUUAAUGUUUUGUUGCGUAAUAAAUAUAUUCUUUUAAUA